AACGAGGUGGAGGAGGAGAGACGACGGUGGCGGCGAAGGCGAUGGCGACGCGGGGCACAUGAGGCGGCGGCCGGCGGGACGGGCCGAGGCCCGGCGGAGGAGGCGGCUCCGGGGGACCCCGCCGGCCGAGAAAAUCUGGAAAAGUUGUAAACAAAGCAUCAUUUCUCUAAGAAAAUUUUGGAUAGCAGAAAUUCUGGAUAACAGGGCGGACCAGUUUAGUCACCAUGAGUUGGAGCUUCCUCACUCGCCUGCUGGAGGAGAUCCACAACCACUCCACAUUUGUAGGGAAGAUCUGGCUCACGGUAUUGAUCGUCUUCCGGAUCGUUCUUACAGCUGUAGGAGGAGAAUCCAUCUAUUACGACGAGCAAAGCAAAUUUGUGUGCAACACAGAGCAGCCGGGCUGCGAGAACGUCUGCUAUGACGCCUUUGCACCGCUCUCUCACGUGCGCUUCUGGGUGUUCCAGAUCAUCCUGGUGGCCACCCCCUCGGUCAUGUACCUGGGCUAUGCCAUUCAUAAGAUCGCCAAGAUGGAGCACGGCGACGCAGACAAGAAGGCCGCUCGCAGCAAGCCCUAUGCAAUGCGCUGGAAACAGCACCGGGCUCUGGAAGAAACGGAAGAGGACCAUGAAGAGGAUCCCAUGAUGUAUCCAGAAAUGGAAUUAGAAAGUGAGAAAGAAAAUAAAGAUCAGAACCAAUCUAAACCUAAGCAUGAUGGCCGGCGGCGGAUUCGGGAGGAUGGGCUCAUGAAGAUCUAUGUGCUGCAGCUGCUGGCAAGGACCGUGUUCGAGGUGGGUUUCCUGGUUGGGCAGUAUUUCCUGUAUGGCUUCCAAGUCCACCCAUUUUAUGUGUGCAGCAGACUCCCUUGCCCUCAUAAGAUAGACUGCUUUAUUUCUAGACCCACUGAAAAGACCAUCUUUCUUCUGAUAAUGUAUGGUGUUACAGGCCUUUGCCUAUUGCUUAACAUUUGGGAGAUGCUUCAUUUAGGAUUUGGGACAAUUCGAGACUCACUAAACAGUAAAAGGAGGGAACUGGAAGAUCCGGGUGCUUAUAAUUAUCCUUUCACUUGGAAUACGCCAUCUGCUCCCCCUGGCUAUAACAUUGCCGUCAAACCAGAUCAAAUCCAGUACACCGAACUGUCCAACGCUAAGAUUGCCUACAAGCAAAACAAGGCCAACAUCGCCCAGGAACAGCAGUACGGCAGCCAUGAGGACAGCCUCCCACCCGACCUGGAGACUCUGCAGAGGGAAAUCAGAAUGGCUCAGGAACGCCUGGAUCUGGCCAUCCAGGCCUACAAUCACCAAAAUAACCCCCACGGUUCCCGGGAAAAAAAAGCCAAAGUGGGGUCCAAAGCUGGGUCCAACAAAAGCAGUGCUAGUAGCAAAUCAGGGGAUGGGAAGACCUCCGUCUGGAUUUAAUCUUGGCUGGGCUUAAAGCUUGUACUUUCAUAGUUCAUGGUAAGCAGCGGCUCACUGAAAAACGACUUCCGUUGAGUAAACAUUUGGCUCUGCUUAUCUUCAGGGAUGCUGUUAGCUCAUGAUCCAAGCUCAGGGGACUCUGAAGGUGGGGCUGGGGCAAGGGGGAGAGAACGAGAAACACAGCGUUCCUGGAUACGAGUUCCAGCAAUAAUACAGUUGCAGAACUUUACAUUUGUGUCUUCCAGAUCUGGAAAAGAACAGAUAUAUUUAAAUCAUUCUUGUUGAACAGUUUUUGUAUGUACAGUAUUAUGGUACUUUUUUUUUUUUAAGUAUGAGAACUUUUUUUUGUAUUUGUACAUUGGACCACUGUAGUUAUACUUUUAUAUUAAAGGGGAGAAAAAUCCUUAA